CCGGGACGCGCUGACCCCGGGACCGCGCGCGCGUCCACCCGAAUCCCCCCCCGCGCGCGAGCCAUGGCCGCGACGCCGGUCGGAAAGGCCGUCGAGGACGUCCUCGCGGUCGUCACGCGCGCGGAGGCGAUCUUAGCAUCCGGGCCGCCCUCGGAGGACGCGCUCGUGGACGAGAUCGACGCGCUCGUGAAGGCGCUGCCGAGGCUGAGAGAAGCCGCGAAGGAGACGACGGCGAAGGACGACGUCAGCGCGACGUUCCCGAUCGGGGUGCUGCAGCACGUGGACGAGGGGAAGGACCCGGUGCGGUUCGUCGUGGACGGGCUCCUCGCGGUCGGGGAAGCGAACGACGCGUGCAAGGGCAAGGUGAACGUCUUCGACGCGUUUCACAGAGCCCUGGAGGAGGAGAUGUCGAAGCCGAGGACGCCGCCGGGCGGCGAGGACGCGAGCGCGAAGGAGGAGGAGCCCGCGCCGUCGCCGAAGCGAGCGAAGCGGUCGCCGAAGAAGAAGUAGGCGGUCGAUCGGUCGACCGCGAUAGAUAGCUACGAUAGCAGAAGACGUGAUUUAUUUAGGGUACGAC